AUGUUGAAGUAUAUAGCUCACGCGCGUCAUUCUAUACACGUGUAUGCUUACAUAGAUCAUCGAUUCUUGCUUUUGCCCUCUACCGAGACCUCGCCGCUCUUCGCGUUUGCCUCACCGCGCCCUUUUCCUUUCGCGCCGACACCGCCUCGCUUGCUGCGCUCAACAGGUUAUGGGCCCCGGCCCCCUUUUUGUCGGCGCCCGACCCGUAGCCGAGUCACGUCACCACCACGUUCCUUUUUUCCUCUCGCUCCCUACCUUCUCGACAUGGGUCUUGCCCCAUACCUCGUCACCACUAUCGACCACAUACAGGACCUCCAGCCAGACAACUUCAAGAAGCAUUACCCGCUUCUCAAGCAGUUCUUCCUCGCCGUCGGAGCCGGAUGGAUCACCCAGGACGAAGAACCGGAGCCGCUCUCAGCCGCCAACGAGAGAAUUGACAGUGAGGUCUCCUACCUCAUUCUGGCGAAAACACAUGAGGACUACCGCACGAAGCUCACCGAGCUUUCAACGGCUCGUGCCCGCUGGAAGGCACUCAAGGACAACUUCAUCACCCGUACCCACUCCGACAGGCUCAUUGCCUUCCAACAACUCAUCACCAUUGACCACAACAUCGAAGAUCCCAUCGUGCUGUAUACAACACAGGUCUCUAACCUCUGCACGAAACUAGCGCGCAUGGACCUCACCAUCCCGGACGACAUCAAGACGUGCAUUCUUCUUGCACGCCUGAACCCCGGCAUGUACUCUACGCGCAAGGAUCUGGUCAAAAAUGAGAAGUUCCCUUCCUAUGAAGAUGCUGCGGCCCGUCUGCGUUCGGACGCUCACGACAACUCUAAAUCCGACCACAUGAUCAAGGUCGAAGAUGUACCAGUGGCCUUUGGUCUUGCAGCUCGCAUUCCAUCUCCCCCUUCCGAACCACCACCACAGGAAGCAUUCGCGAAGGGCUUCCGUUGGUGCUCCCCUCGCUCUGACAAGGAUUGUUUCCGCUGCGGACGUGAAGGUCAUCGGGCUCAGUUCUGCCUUGCGGACAUGCCGCAAGCAGUUCGUGACUGGAUCCUCAACUCCAUCUCACGUCGUGAACAGGCACCAGCCCCUGCGCCUUCGAGCUAUUCCCCAUCGCUCUCUGGGCCCAAGACAGCCCGGAAAAGUGAGCAAGGUCUCGCUGCCCAAGGCCCCCAUGUUUCCGACGAUGACAGUUCCUCCGACGAUGAACCACAAAUACCUUGGGAGAUCCUAGACAAGAAACAAAGGAAGACGUUCAAACGCCUUGGCUUCAUGCCUCCGGCAAGUGCUUCGACUGCAGCUGCUUUCGCCAGCACCAGUCGUUAUGUGAUCUGA